AUGGAUGUGCGAAUCAGAGGCAUAGCGACAUUUAAAGUUCUACUUAUCGCCGUAGCAAUCACAUCAUGUCUGUCAAAUUCGCAGGAUAUCUCGGCGACACCGGAAGAUAUUCGUGACGGUUAUACGGCGACAGAACUCGGUUCAACUGCGACUACUGAGAGUAAUGCUGGUAGUACUGUGGUCAAUGAGGGGCCUGGCGUGAGGGAUAUUCACGUGGUUGGCUUGUUCCCGUUAAGUGGUAAAGGAGAAGAAAAGUCCCUCGGAUUGGGUGUAUUACCUGCCGUAGAACUGGCUUUAGAACAUGUCAGACAGAGUAAAGAUGUCCUUAAUGGAUUCAAUCUACAUACAACCUUCAAUGAUACAAUGUCAUUUUAUUUUAUAUUUUAUCUUUAUACAUAGUGUGACAUGGCAACAGGCCUGAAGGCUUUCUUUGAAUCUCUGGCAAGACCACCGAGGAAAUUCAUGGUGUUCGGAGGGGCGUGUCCUAGUGUGACGUCACCCAUUGCAACCUCCGUUCAUUGGUGGAAUCUUGUACAGUUAUCGUAUGCUGAUACCACCCCGUCUCUCUCUCAGCGGGAUAAAUACCCUCAUUUCUUUAGGACUGUUCCGUCUGAGAAUGACAUCGGUGCUGCUAGGGUUAAACUCUUCCAGCUGUUUAACUGGACUAAGAUUGCUACCCUUCAUCAGGACUAUCCUCGUUUUUCAUAUGCCCAGAGUAAGCAGGUCAAGAUGGCGGAAGAAAACGGUAUUACGACGAUAGUUGAAGCAACGUUCGCUGAUGAUCCGCGGCCAGCAUUAGAUCAACUUAAGGAGAAAGGAGCUCGCAUCGUGAUGGGUUUCUUUGAUGAGGAUAUGGCACGAAGAGUAUUCUGUCAGGUUUAUAAAGCCAAACUGUAUGGUUCUCGUCAUGUAUGGAUCCUUCCUGCUUAUCAACGAGGCUGGUGGAAGAAAACUGACAAUUCAACUGAAUGUAACGCUGAUCAGCUUGGACGAGCUCUGAAAGGUUACAUAGCAACUGAUAUCCUCACAUUGAGUGCCAAUGAAGAACAAACGAUAUCCGGCAGGACACCGACAGAGUAUAAAGCCCUCUACGACGCAGCAAGGAAAGGAGAUUACUCUGAUUACCAUGGCUACGCAUACGAUGGUAUCUGGGUGAUGGCUCUAGCUAUUAAUCACGUGAUUAAGAUGUUUGAGAAGGAGAAUAAUCUUGAUGCCUUCUUUGAUUUCAAGUAUGAUGAUCAGAAGAUGUUGGAUCAUUUUAGUAAAGCUAUGAAUGAGACAAACUUCCCUGGGGUGACGGGAGUAGUUCAAUUCAGAGAGGGAGAACGGCUUGGAUGUACUAUGCAUAAACAGUUACAAGAUGGAGAAAUGUUAAAGGUAGCCGAGUAUUACGCAAUUACUGACUCUCUGAAUCUGUCUACCAGAUCCGGAAACAACUUCAAGUGGGAAGGUGAUGGCCCGCCCUCUGACGUCCAGAUGCAGGAGAUUCUGAACCUUCGUGUUUCUCGGAUAGUAUUCGCUGUACUCGCUACCAUAGCAACGGCUGGUAUCAUCAUGGCAUUUGGUUUUCUAAUAUUUAACAUGAAGAGCAGAAAUCAGAGGUUUAUAAAGAUGUCUAGUCCAUUCUUGAAUAAUCUUAUCAUCAUGGGUGGUAUAUUGACCUAUGGCAGUAUCUUUCUUCUUGGUCUUGAUCAUGGAAUGGUCGGUGAUUACUCAUUCAAAGCUGUCUGCACGGCCCGUGGCUGGUUCCUGUGUAUCGGAUUUACUUUAGCGUUUGGAGCUAUGUUUAGUAAAACGUGGAGAGUACAUAGGAUCUUCACUAAUAUCAAAAUGAAGAAAAAGGUAAUUCGAGACAAUCAGUUGUAUGCUAUUGUAGGCGUGAUGCUCGUUGUCGAUCUCAUCAUCCUCAUCACGUGGCAGGUCGUUGACCCCGUCGAACCAAGAGAAGAGAGACUCGAUGAAAGGCAAGAUCCCAAUGGCCGUGACGUCAUCUUGAUACCAGUGAUGUUAAACUGUAAGAGUAGGAAGACAAUGAUCUGGCUUUCAAUCAUCUAUAUCUAUAAAGGAGUUCUCAUGAUUUUUGGCCUUUUCUUGGCAUGGGAAACUCGUCAUGUGAGCAUACCAGCCCUCAACGACAGCAAAUAUAUAGGGAUGAGCGUAUACAAUGUAGUAAUCAUGUGUGUAUUGGGUGUAUCUCUAUCAUUCGUCAUCAAUGAUAAUCCCAAUGCUUCAUACGGUCUUGUGUCAACCUUCAUUCUCUUCUGUACGACCAUCACUCUUUGUCUCGUAUUCGUACCAAAGGUUGUCGAACUACGAAUAAACCCGAAUGCCAACGAGAGGAUCCGAGUUGUAGGAGCAUUGGAUAAAACCCGAACCUGUUCUACUAAUGCUGGCACUAUGGAUUCAGAUUGCAGGUUACGAGGCCUUGCUAUCGAGAAGAAUGAACUCGCUAAGAAACUCUCAGAUCAAACCAAGAUAGUUAAAGAUCUGGAGACACAGUAUACAAAGAUAGCACCAGAGGACGCACCAUUGCUGUUUAGUGAGGAAUGGUCGUCAGGUCUUGAUAACUCUACAUUGUCAGCAAGAUCAAGAGCUGAAAGUAAUAGAACAGCGACCUCUCCAGUCAGUGUGACGUUCAAUGUUCAUUCAUCAAAAAUCAACCACACAAAAGAAGCAGCGGUAACACCAGCUGUGACGUCAUCAUUAAGCCCCGCCCCUCCCUUGAUCCCUCGCUGGUCUGAAGAGGUUAAUGAUGAUGAGGAAGAUCACGAAUCUGAUUCUAUGGAUCUUUAUGCUAACUUUGGGGGCGUCUACAUCGGCCCACCGGAUAAACAGGAAGAUCCACUUACUGACCCAUUGACCUCUGACAUCACUUCCGCCGGAAACACAAAUUCAUUGGAUACAAUGUGCACUGAUGGAAUAGCAGAGAUUCAUCGUCCAUUUGAUGACGUCAUGGGAUAUAAUGAUUCCAUGGAUAUCGGUUUGAUCGAUACACAUAUCCCUAAACAUUCAGCUGAUGUUUUCGAGAAAUUAUCACCUGUUCAAAGUGUGAACGAAAAAUUUUCUUCGUCUGGUAGUGUGAACGAUUCGUUUGGUAUGAACGCUCUUCUUUCGUCAAAUAGUGGUAUGAACGAUACUUUUAGUGGUUUGAAUAAAAAGACAUCGUCAAAUUGCAGUGUUUCUAAUGGUGGGAAUGCACCUUCUGUUCAAAACUAUCAAUAUUCUCAUUUAUUAGAUUAAACGUGUGUUUCCUUCUUGUAAUCAGUUUGUCAAACAUCACUUAUUGCGCCAUAUAACCGUGUGUUAUAAGUAUUAUUCGGAUGAAAUUUACAAACAUACACUCUGUGCACUGAACGAUUAAUAUUAUGAUCAGUUUUCGAGAAAAUGAUAAUAACCAACCAUUCAGACUAUCAAUCUAUGGGGUCCGGUCUGAUUGAAGAGUUGCCCCCAUGAAGAUGAAAUAAUAGUCACCGAGGGAUAGGCACAAAAUUGGAGAAUAUGACAUAGUUGGGAAAAGUUAUUCGGCAAGAACAAAGUAGAUCACGACAUACCCGGAAUAUAUACAUGCAUAGAAAAUCCCUUUGUAAAAUAAAAGCUUACUGACCAUACAUGGAAUAAUACAGGCAAGUUAUGCAAAGUAGGGAUAAACCCGAUAUUCUUUGGUGAAAAUUCGCAAUGUUCUUCGCAUAUUAUCAAUAUUUUUAAAUAAGCAGAAGUACUAGACUAAUUAGAAUGACUGAAAUAUAUUAGAACAAUUUCCUCGUAGAAUUCAGUGUUAUAUUAAUGUAUUACGAAGCGAAUUCAAAUAAAGCUUCCGGGGUGAUGAAACAUUGAUUAUUCGCAUAAACCACCUUUUAUUUAAAAAAAAACGUCAUAAACGAGGAUUUAAAAAAAAUACGUAAACCUAUUUCCUAAUAGACUAUAAAGCUAACUGAAAUUUCACUACUUUUGAAGUUAAUCAUGGAUUUCAUAGUGCAUGAUUUGAAUUAUCAUCUACAAAUAUUGUGCUCUUACAUCCUAUUUUCCUUUGUUUACCUUCAUUUGAUAACCCUUUAAAACUUUUCGUGUUUUGCUUCAUGCGAUGCGAAUAAACUCAAACUCGAAAGUAAUUAUUAGUUUUCAACAAGUGUGUCGCAUUACACAAAGCUGUGUUCCACAAUGCCUGUCAUAGAUUUACGUAUGUUUGUCAAUAUUUUUAAGUAAUUUUCCCGAUCACAGUUGGGUAUUCCCUGAGAAUAAAAUGUACGUACAAUGUAUACUGAUUAAACAUAAAAAUGGUACUCCGGGCCGAACACAGGUCUAAUUGUAUUUAAAUGACAACAGUUAAAUUCACUGAACGGAACGCUGCAAAUUUUAUAAAUUAAUAAAUUUAAGAAAUCUUGAAGCUUAGCAAUGGUUUGAAAGAAAUAUGGUAGUCUGACACAGCUAAUUGAAUACGCAAUAAGUUGGCUGAUGAUAUCAGGUCCUCAGUUUUCUUGUUCUUAUGUUAAUAAAUACAUGAAAUUUUCAUAUUUUACAUGUUACAUCAUUGAUUAUCUUACAUGUUAAAUAGGUCAGUAAUUUAUUUUCAAUUUUGGAGGACAAAAUCGGAGAAAAUAUAAAUAAGGAUAAUAAACUAUACAUGUUAAGUGGGAAUGUAAACAUUAGCAUUCUCAUUGCAUAUUCAUGAAGACAUGCAUUUCGAUGUUUCACUGAAAUAAUAUCACACCUGAAAAUGCCAUAGCCAUGCGAAUCAAUGUCCUGUUUUGAUAAAAUUAUUGGUGUUCUGUUUGUCGGAUUUUAUUUUUAUUUUCAGCCUGGAGUACACAUGCAACUUUAAUAUCCCCAGCUAUUCAUUUGCUAUUCAAGCAACCAUUUUAAAGAAAGAUAAGUGGUAUUGUGUGUGUAAUCGUUAUUUAAUCUUAUUGCAAUUCGUCAAGACACUAACCUCUAUCUCUUUUCAAUUUGUUAUUUAGUUCUGAUUUUGCAUCAUUAUAUUAUGAUAACUGGCUUAGCAAAAUGUAAAGGAAAAAUAAUCUUUCCAAUGGGUUGUAAGUUUAAGAUGAUGAUUUUACUCAUUUCAGCUGCAAAUGAUAUCGGUCGUGGAACAAUUAAAAAGCUAGAUACCGUUGAAUCACAAAGUAUUUGUUUUGGUCAUUUUGGGGGAGAUCCGGGAAUACUCACAGGAUGGGAUACAGAAACCUUAUAGUUUUGACAAAUAAAAGUGAGUUAUUAUUCCUCAUAUGUUAGGAACAUUUUUCAAACGUUGGAAGGUACAAUGAACGAUAAGAUAUACCACUUGGGAUGUGGUUUUGCCGAUUACAACUAUAAGCAUCUGAAUUUACAAUUCGAUAUCUAAUUUAUUGAGCGUAAACAAAAUGCAUGUGUGCUGAAACAUAUAUGUCAAACUAAGAAUUAUUUGACCCUCAUUGUUGUAAUGUAUAUGUACUGUAUAUAAUAAGGUCAUAACUAUAUUAUUCAGACUGUCAUUAUGUCAAGAUUAUAUAUAUUGUCUACAUCUUAUUGAUGAUAAUAAACUGUUUAAAUCUACAAAGUAUUUUAAUGCUUUCAUUUUUUGGGGGAAUUUAUAUUCACUUGGUCUGUUUGAAAGCUUACCAUCGCAAAUGUCUCUAAUCAUACAUGUAAUAUCACACAUGCAUGUAUUCAACUUCAUAGUACUCUAGUUACCAUUUUAUAUUUCCACCUAUAUAUUUACUUUUUGGUAUCGAUA